GAGAGAUUAGCAGAGCACAAUAUAAAGUAACCAGCCUUGCUUUUUGCAUGUCAUCUGUGUUUCUCAGUGGGCUGAAAACCACACAAUUGCUUCCUCUUUACCCUUGCAGUGAGAGCACAUUUGUCACUCAGCUUCUGAACGGCUUCAGUGAUGCUUCCUGGAAAGGUCUAUACUGGUCCAAAUGGCACACGCCCUGUAUAUGGCAUCUUUCUCUCUCCUUCUGACUAAGCUCAGCACUGGGCAGAGAGAAGUAACCGUUCAAAAAGGACCGUUGUAUAGAGCUGAAGGUUACCCUGUCAGCAUUGGCUGUAAUGUAACUGGCCAUCAGGGACCUUCUGAGCAGCAUUUCCAGUGGUCUGUUUACCUGCCGACAGCCCCAGCCAGGGAAAUACAGAUCAUUAGCACCAAGGAUGCUGCCUUCUCUUAUGCAGUGUAUGCACAGCGGGUGCGAAGCAGGGACAUCUACAUAGACAGAGUGCAGGGCAACUCGGUUUUUUUGCACAUCUCAAAGCUCCAGAUGAAGGAUGCUGGCGAGUAUGAGUGUCACACCUUGAACACGGAUGAGAAAUACUAUGGAAGUUACAGUGCGAAGACCAAUCUAACUGUUAUUCCAGAUACUCUCUCUGCCACCAAGCAUCCCCAGACUCUCAGUAAGGAGGAAGGUGAAGCAUUAGAACUUACCUGCAAGGCAUCCAAAGCCACAGCUCAGCAUACCCACCUCUCUGUCACCUGGUACCUGAUGCAGCAAGAAGAAAGUGGCCAGCCCACCAAGAUUAUUUCUCUCUCCAGAGAUUUUAUGCUGAUUCCUGGGCCUUCAUACACAGAGAGGUUUGCAGCUGGUGAUGUGAGGCUCGACAAGCUUGGGGUCACUACCUUCAGGCUGUCCAUAGGCAGGCUCCAGCCCUCAGACCAAGGUCAGCUGUUCUGUGAGGCAGCUGAAUGGAUUCAGGAUCCAGAUGAAACCUGGAUUUCCAUCACAAAAAAGCAGACAGAUCAAACAACUCUGAGAGUCCAGCCAGCAGUGAGAGAUUUUCAAGUCAGCAUUACUGCUGAGAGCACUUUCACCGAAGGGAAACCCUUGGAGCUGGUUUGCCUGGUGGUGGGCAGCGGCCGGGACCCACAGCUUCAGGUCGUUUGGUUACUCGGUGGGAUUGAAAUAGCCCACAUUGAUGCUGGUGGAGUCCUGGAUCUGCAGAAGCAUUACAAAGACAGAGUGAGCCAAGGACAGCUCCAGCUUUCAAAGUUAAGCCCCAAGGCUUUCUCCCUCAAGAUCUUCUCAGCGGGCCCAGAGGAUGAAGGUGCCUACAGUUGUGCAGUAACCGAGGUGGUGAAAACUCCAAUGGGCUCCUGGCAGGUGCUGCAGAGAAAGCAGUCACCCGUCAGCCAAGUGCACCUGAAGGAGCCAGCAGCAAGAAGUGUGGUUGUGUCCACCCAGCAGCAAGCUGUAUGGGAAGGAGAGCCACUCACCCUUCUCUGCAAGGCAGGGGGAACGGAGAGCCCUCUGUCCGUGAGCUGGUGGUGGAUCCCGCGGGACCAGACCACGCCCAUGCUCAUAGCUGACAUGGAGCAGGAUGGCACUGUGCAGCUGGGUGCCUCCCCGGGAGGCCACAGAAGCCACGGCAACACAAGGCUGGACAAAGUGGACCGGGUCACCUUCCAGCUGGAGAUCACCUCCACCACCGUCACAGAGAGCGGUGUGUAUGAGUGCAGAGUGUCUGAGAGAAUCCGGAACCAGGCUAAAGAGCUGCACUGGACUCACAAUAUUUCAGUCACUGUGAAAUCUCUAAAGUCAAGCUUACAAGUUAGCCUGAUGAGCCGUCAGCCAAAAGUAAAGUUAACGGACACCUUCGACCUGUCCUGUAUGGUGGGGGCCACCUGCGCUGGCCUCGUGCUGCCUUUCACCGUGACCUGGCAGUUCCAGCCGGCCAAGUCUCCAGUCUUUCAUCAGCUAAUUCAAAUCACUCAUAAUGGCACUGUUCAAUGGGGGGAUUUCCUCCCCCAGUUCCACAAGAAGACGAAGGUUUCCCAGUCUUCAUAUCGUUCUCAACUCCUAAUCCAUGAUUCCAGUAUGGAAGAGACAGGAAUGUAUCAGUGUAAAGUGGAAGUUUAUGACAGAAAUUCCCUACACACAAACAAUCCAGCCAGGGCUUCUGCCACCUCUUACCCACUGAAAAUAUCUGUCACUUUGCCAGAAAGCAAGCUAAGAGUGAAUGCCAGCAGCCAAGUCCAAGAGAUCUCCAUCAACUCCAAUACAGUUAUAGAAUGUAGCAUCUUGUCCCAGCACACUAGAAACCUCCAGUUAGCCAUUACUUGGUACUUUUCUCCCAUUUCCACUCAUACAUCUUGGCUGAAGAUCUUGGAAAUGGACCAGACCAAUGUUAUAAAAUAUGGGGAUGAAUUUCACACCCCACGGAGAAAACAAAAAUUUCACACUGCGAAAGUUUCCCAAAACUUGUUUCAGCUCCAUAUUCUGAGUGUGGAUGACAGUGAUCAGGGCGAAUAUUACUGUGCUGUGGAGGAAUGGCUCCUGACUCCAAAUGGCACUUGGCAAAAACUUGGAGGAGAGAAGUCUGGACUAACAAAAUUGAAACUCAAGCCCACAGGAAGUAAGGUGAGUGUCUCCAGAGUGUACCAGAUAGAAAAUGCUACUGAGCAUGGAAAUGUGGACAUCCACUGCAGCCUUGAGGGCUCAGGGGGCUCGACGUCCUUGUACUCUGUGACAUGGUUCUGGAGCAGAGAAGAUGGCAGGCUUCACAUGCUGGUGCACCUGCAGCACAAUGGCUUGCUGGAGUAUGGGGAUGAGGGACACAGGAGACAUCUGCACUGCUACCGUUCAUCUCCUACAGACUUUGUCCUGCAGCUGCAUCAGGUGGAGAAGGAGGAUGCUGGGGUAUACUGGUGCCGCGUGGCAGAGUGGCAGCUGCAUGGCCACCAGAGCAAGUGGGUCAACCAAGCAUCAGAUGAGUCACAGUUGAUGGUGCUCACAGUGCUGUCUGCAGAGCCCACAUUUCAAGAAAGGAUAUGUUCCUCAGCACCUUUACUCUAUUUUCUAGUUGUCUGCCCCAUUGUCCUGUUCGGUCUUCUGCUGAUUCUCCUCCUCUGCUUAUAUCAGAAGGCCAGGAAGUUGUCGAGGCAGAGUCUCCGCGCACAGAAAGAGAGGUCCCUCUGGGUGGGCAUGAAACGGGCUGGAGGUGGGACCACAGACAGACGAGAAGAUGCUGAGGAAGAUGAAUGCAGCUGAAUCCUGAGAGGCACCUGGAGUUGGAGUGUGGUGGGACUUUCGAACUGGAUUGGCUGGAGUAUGAAAGAAUUCUGAUUCUGACCUUUACUAUAUCUGUGGCUUUGGGCGCAUCACUUGAGGCUCAUAGGAACAUUUAGUGAGCACUUAUGUGCUCCCUGGAACUGUUACGUGUUUCUUUGUGUUUUACCUUGCCUACCCAGUGUAGCCUUCAGAAGUGAACUUCGUCCUUGUUCUAGUGCCUCCCUCCCACAGCCUGGGUCCUCACACAGCAUAGAGGAGCAAAUGACCUCCUAAGGCAGAGCCCUGGAUGGGCACUCUCCUCACUCCUCUCUUACAUCAUUGAUCCUCCUGGAAACACUGAUGGCCCAGUCACACUGGCUCCAGGUAAUCUUUGUGCUCUAGAUAAGAGACAUAGGAAGGAGUCUGAUGUCAGCAAGGCAAAAGGAAUUGGGAACAUGCUCUUGUUUACUUCAAAUCUGCCUCCCCAACUGGAAUGUGACUUCUUUCCAGGCACAAAUCCAACUAUCUUCCCCUAGCUCAUCUACAAAUGCCCACUCGACAGCUGAAGAGUAGGAGAAUCAGUAUUGAUUCUUUGACAAAAUGAUAAAACAUUUUAUAUAUUGAUGGGGGGGUGUUUGGUUUUGUGCUAAAAGACUUAUUAAGUCAUGAUGAAGGAAAAAUCUUUCUUCUGUCCUUUGGAAUAGGGUGGUUGUGCAGCCAUGAUCAGUCAGUGCCAGGGCUUCAUGUCUCCCUACCACCAAGAGGCCCAUGGCCCCUGGUACUUACUUUCUGUGACCUGACAGUCUGGGCAGUAGGAAAGGACUGUGAUAGUAUCUGGAGGAGGAGGGGUCACAAGGCCACCACCCCUCCUAUUCUUGCAGGGCUGGGGCUCAAGACAAGCAGCAAGUGAAAUCUGAUUCUUAAGGGCUCCCCACCUCACAGCCUGGAAGACUCCAAGGUGGGGCCAUCAUGCCAUAAGACUUCAACAGGUGUCCCUGCUGACCCUGGGGCUCCCUCACCUUUAUUGCAAAAGCUACUCAGACCCAGCUGUACCUAGAAUUGCAAAUCAAUCAAUGCCACCUAACAGACUCGAGAAAACACAUCUAUUUAUCGUGUAGGUGACCAAAUGGGGUUGCUUUCACAUGCAGUAAUUUGCAUUUCCAAGGAGAGCAAUUUAUUUUUAAUUAUUUUUUCAGGCACACAGUCCUCUCCAAAUGUAAUUAGUUCCUUUGCAAGCAGAUUAUUGGUGGCUGUGAGAACUCCCUCCGUAGACCUGCCGAUUUCUUAAAUUCAUCUCCCUUUACAGCCUUAUUUGAAGGACUCCAAAUGUUUUCCUAAAUAUGUCAACACAUUUACUUCUCUCUCAGGUAGGGGAGCAUAUUUUUUCUCAACACAAAGCUGAAAUUAAGACUUCUUAGAGAGCAUGAUGACCCCUUCUCCCCAUUCUUUAGAAGCCUGCAUUUUAAUUGGGAUUUUGAAGAGAAAGAAAACGGAGCCCCAACCAGAGAAUCAAUCGUAGACUGGAUGGUGGUGCUGCCCAUUUUCCUGGAGCUCUCCACCCCACCAGGUCACCUCUCUUGGACCUGGUUAUGUCUUUCAGGUCUUGGCUCAAACACCACUUCUCACCUUUGAACCCAGCACUGCACAGGGGGACACACACAGAUAUCAAGGCCCCACCAGAGUGAAGCAGGGGGACCAUUUCCCAGCAAGUGCUUCUUGCCUAUCAAGCACCAUGUUGGGUGCAAGGACCCAGCAGUGACACGGACAUAGCUUCCUCCUGUUUGUUCUGGAUGGGGAGACCUACAGCUCAUUAGAUUUUCCUAGAAGCGACAUUGCACUGUUGGUCCCAUUGUGAGUUUUCAGACAACUAAAACCCCGAAGUCUUCAUUUUUCAACUUUUGAACUUUUAGAAAAAAUUUUACUGUGAUCCAAUUCAACAGACCCUUUACGUGAACCUUCUCUCCAGUUAUGCACUUGUUCAUUUUAGUGUUUGAAACCAAAUGCAGGGCUUCACUUUCACUCAUUGAUUUCAACUUUUCCAUUCUGUAUCACCACCUGGUUUUGCUUUCAGCUUUUUGAUAUAAAUCCUUUUUGGCAACAGGACAAGCCUCUAUCUCAGGGAUUAACAAACCAUGGCUCAAAAGGCCAAAUCCAGCCAUGAGUUUUUGAAAUAUGUAAUGUAUUAGAAUAGAGUUGUUCCUAUCCACUUUCUAUCUAUGGCUGCUUUCGUGGUAAAAUGGCAGAGUUGAGUAAUUGCCAAAGAAACCAGAUGAGCUGCAAAGCCUAAAAUGCUUACUCUUUGACCCUUCACAGGAAGUUUGCCAGCUCCUGCUUUUUUGAUGGUUAAUAUUCUGUCUGUCCUGGCUAUAUAUUAUGUUUCUGGGAAACUUGAUUUGACCUAUUAUAUCUCAAUCUAUUAUAAAUCUGAUUUGACUUAAUAAAUAAUCUCAGGAUUGCUGUCUAGUCAAAGCCAUUCUGCAGUUUGAAUCCUUCCUUUCAGGCUCAUAUUAGAGCUCAUCACUCCUGCACAAUUCCAUGCCAUUGUACUGAGAACUUAUUCUGUGCAAGCCAAGUUGAUACAGAGACAAAUAAGGCAUAGUUGUUCCCUUAAUUUUUCUACCCUACUGAAACAUGAAUAGCAAUAAGUAAUUUAUGUGGAAGGUGAAUGCAAUGACGGAAAAUUAUAUGCCAUGAUAAUUUAUCACAAUUAUACAUGAUCUGUUCAUCAUCUCAGUCUUAUGGCAUCCUUAAGUCUUACAGUAUCGCUGUCCUGUGAGUGAGGAAUUAAAGCCUGGAGAGGUUGAAAUUUAUUCAGGAUCACACAGGCAUAAGCAGAAGAGCCCAAGUUGAGGUCUUCUGAUCAGUCCUAGACUCUGCACAAUAAUAAACACUAUGCUCAAAUUCAAUGCUAUGAGAAAACCUGCUGGUAGUAAUAUGUACCUCACAUGGUUAUUAUGGUAACUAAAUCAGAUACUUAUACGGAGAUAAGUUUAAGGCAUUUCAAGUAGUAAAUGAAUGUUAGUGUAACCCAAGUUAUCCUAAUCCCUAUCAGUCUUGGCACAUAAAUAAAUGAUAUCAGUAGUAAUAAUUCAGAUUCUACAGGCCUUCAUCACAGGGUCUUGACCAUCUACAGUGUCUUUUAAACACUUCUGCAAAUUCCCCAGGAUCCUGAGAAUUCAUAUGAGCUCUGUCUGUAAAUAUUUUCUUUUACAAACAAUUGCAUUUGCUUUUGCCAAAGUUCUUUCUUUAUACAGUCCAGACACCAUCUAACCUGGGACCAGGCUGAGAGACAGAAUAUGCUAUAUCCUCUUCAUUUCCCACUUUUCUUCUCAGGAAUGUAUGCAGUAACCUGUUCCCAUCGACCCCUUUUCUUCCUGCAGGUAGCUGAUGCAGUUUUGCUGAUGGAGAGGUUCCCCCAGUGGCAGACAGGGUCAGAGAUGUCUACAUUCUCUGUAGGCUCAAAAGAGACUUCUGUUACACUGGCUAUUGGUGUAUAACUGUAAUGGAGUAAAGUGCUAGUGGCAUUUAGCAAAAAAGGAGCUAGCAUUGAUUUGGGCUUAUAAGCACUGAUAUAUAUUAAUAGGAGAAGUUGGGGUCUAGGCAGAGGGAGCCCCAUAAAAAGUAUAGGAUAGCUGUGGUUUCAGUGUCAGUUCUCUGGAGGAACAAUGAGAGAUAAAUCUGGAAAGAAAAACCAAAAUUGAGUGGAUGGAGAGGGGCAGGAGAACAGAUCUCUUGCACAUGCAUAAGAACUUGGACUUAUGUGGUAGACAAUGGGGAGCAGCUGUGCCUUAGGAGAACAAAAAACAGCAGCACAGAUGUUGGCUGGGUUUAGGGCAAGGCAAGUGGUGUUACCAAGGAGAGGCACAGCAGCCAGCUGCAAAACAAUCUUCAUUUUCCUAAUUUUUAUAAAUGGAGAUAUAUCCAAUUUUGUGAGUGUUGUGAGUAUAGAGCAAAAUUAUCAGGAAGUUUUGAGUAUCAUAUCAGGGUCAUAGAAGUAGCUAAAAUAUAUGUCAAAUACAAUGAGACACGUUAUAAGAUUCUUCUUGUGUUUAAUAAGUAUUGGUUAACCUAAUUUUCUACUAAUGAGUAUAAAAGUUACAUUCAUUAACUAUCUCGAUUGGCUUGCAAUUUAUCUUUUUGAUGCUUCCUUUUACAUUUAAUGUACUUGUUAGAAAUCUGAAGUUCUACCAUGUCACCUCGGAAUACAAGGCUUCUUCUGGAUCAGCUCUGGCAGCCCAACAGAGAUGUUUUGACUAGAAGCAUAAUUAUCACAUUAAACCAUUUGCAGAGACAAAAUACCACAUCGGAUAAGGACAGUGAUUAAGAAGUUUAUUUGUUAUAAUUAACUACUAUAGAAAAAUCCAAAUUUCCUGCUCCUUUAAAGUUACAAUGGCAGGGGUGAAAAGGGUGUGUGCUUCCAAUUUAAAUUUCCUCUCAGUAGUAGAAGCCUUAGCCAAUUUAUCCUAGUUCCUUUAGGGUACUUUGUCCUCUAGCCAUGCCAAAUUACUUGCUGGCUCCCAAAUGUGUUCCUGAUUUUGCAUCUUUCACUCUGGAAAACUUUUCCUUUUCUAUGCCCCACUGAAUUGACCUCAGACUUGCUGAGGGUGUUCACAUGAGAAUCUAAGGGAAAAGAAUACUGUUUGUUCUCUCAUUUGCAUGUUCUGGACUGGAUCAUGUUCAAAUAGAGAGAGGCACAAUGCAAGCCCCAAUCUUGGAGAAUCCACUAUCCCCCACUCAUGUCUUCAGCAGCUGUAAGAUUACCAUCAUCUUCCCCAAUGCCACCAUCUCUUGGGCUGUUUCUCUGUGGUAAUAUGGCAUGGACAUGGAGAAACCCAGCAAUAUGGAAUCUGCCCUACAUCACUGGAGCAAUUUUAUAGCCUAGUACUUUAUUUUUGUUAUGUACAAGACAAAUCGUUCUUCAGUGUGAAGGAUUUUCAACAUUUUUUAAUUGUAACAAACCAUUGAGAGUCCUGGGUCAAUAGAAUACACUAUGACAAUAGUAAUUCAUGUUCUUUGAGAACACAUGUGUAUAUAUAGUGAGGUCAUAAUUAAAACAUGUAUCAGUAACAGUUCUUUGGCUACAUUAAUACUAUAGACCAAGGAUCAUCAAUUUAGAUGUUUUGGGAUCUAAGCAGGUAAAUGGAAAGGAAAACAAUUGGUGUGGGGAUAGUCUUUAGGGAGUGAUGAAGGCUAGAGCAAUUGGAGCAUGUAUUUCUAUUUAAAAGCACUCAAAUCCAUAUUGCACAGGUAAUUAAAACACUCUAGAAGAUGGAAUUCUCUCCCUUGUAGUUCUGCAUCACAUCCUAAAGAUACCAAAUCUCUGCAAUCAAAACAGCAUCUGAAGAUUAAGCCUACAGCUAAAGAUCAUGGAGCUAUUUGCCCAAAUUUUCUUCUAAAAGCUUUGUUGUUUUACCACUCAAAACUAGGUCUAUAAUACAUCUCAGAUCAAUUUUUGUAAAAAUUAUUUUUUGUGUAAAAUGUUCAGUAGAAGCCUUGAAUACUACUGAUGGGAAUGUAAAAUGGUACAGCUGCUGUGAAAAAAACACUGAGAUAUUUCCUUUCAUUUCUUUGUCUUGUCUUACUAAAAAAAAUAGAAACAGAAUUAACAUAUGAUCCAGCAAUUCCACUUCUGGGUAUACACUCAAAAUAAUCAUAAGCAGGAACAUGCGGAGAUUUUGUACACCCAUGUUUUGGCAACAUUAUUCCCAAUAGCCAAAAGGCAGAAGCAACCCAGUGCCCAUUGAUGGAUGCAUGAGUAAACAAAAUAUAUGUGUGUUAGCUUUGCAUCACUAUGAAAAUAAUACCUGAGAUAAACAAUUUAAAGAAGGAAACACUUAUUUUGGCUCAUGAUUUUAGGGAUUUCAAUCCACAGUAAGAAGGGUCCACUGGUUUUAGGCCUACAGUAAGACAGAAACAUCAUGGCAGAAGCUCAUGGCAGAGAAAAGCUGCUCACCUUAAAGCAGCCAGGAAACAGAGAGUUGAAAGAGCCAGAGAGGAAGGGGCUGGGUACCAGAAAUAGUUCCAAGGUCAUACCUGCAGAAUCUACUCCUUCAACUAGGCCCCAUCUCCUGUUUCCAUCAUCUAAUAAUCCCAUCCAACUAUAAGUUUAUCAAUGGAUUAAUCCACUUGUUGAAAUCACAACCCCCAGAAUCUAAUUAUUUUCUAAAACUCCAUCUUCUGAGCACAUGAGCUUUUGGGGAUACAUUUUAGAUCUAAACCAUAACAGUAUGUAUAUAAUAGAGUAUUAGUCAUCUUUAAAAAGAAAAUUCUGACAGAUGUCACAAAAUGGAUGAACCUCAGUGACAUUAUGCUAAGUCAAGUAAACCACUCACCAAAGGAAAAAUAUGGUAUGAUUGUACUUAUACUAAGAGUCAAAUUAUAGAGACAGAAAGUAGAAUAGAGGUUACCAGAGCUAGGCAAGGGGAUAAUAGUGUAUUAUUAUUUAUUGGAUUAUAGAGUUUUUGAGAAGACAAAAAAAGUUCUAGAGAUAGAUAGUGGUGACAGCAAUAAUGUGAUUGAACUUCAUGCCCCUGAAGUGUAUACUUAAAGUGUUUAAAAUAAUAAAUUUAAUUUUAUGUAUAUUUAUACAUAGAUAUUAUAUUUACAUAUAUUUUAGCACAUUUAAAAGUAAAGUAAGAAUGGGCAUCAUUAUAAACACCUGUAAUCCCAGAACUUGGGGGGCUGAGUCAGGAAGAUUGUGUGUUCAAGUGCAGCGUGGGUUGCUGAGCAAAAUCCUGUCUCAAAAAGAAAAAAAAAGUGAAAUAAAGGUCAAGAUUCAUUUCUGUCCCAUUGUUCCAAUAUUAUAUUUUUAAAGGAAUGUCUUUUUCAUA